AAUCUCCGUUAACGAAAAAGAAGAAUAAAUUGACACAGAUCUGCGCAAAACAACUACAUGAGCGAAUGUUUUGAUUAGGCUGACUGGCUACUUUAGCUCAUUUGUUUUGGGUAAUGCCAUAUUAAAACCAUAGACGUUAUCUGAAAAAAAUGGUAGAGGGAAGGAUGACCCGAACCGUGAUUGGACUAUUUAAAUCAGAGGAGCUCAGCUCGUCAGCGCUAGCGGCCUAAGCUAACAAGAGUUAGCAUACCUUCUUCCUCUCUGAGCGCCUCUUUCACAUUACAUACAUUUGACGAUAGAACAAUAGUCUUGUUAACGUUAUUAUCGAUGUAGUUUUGGAGUGCUGGAUGGAAAGCAAGGGGGAGCGAUUGUCAUCCAUGAGCUAACCGCAGGAAUUCAGCGUUUACGCACCGCCAGCUAACAUGUCUUUAGUCGCGUAUGGAAGCAGUGAUGACAGCGAUACUGAGGAAAGCUCUGCGGCGGCACAGAGCAAGAAAACAGGCCAGGGAGGGCUCUUUUCAGUCUUACUUUCCCCGAAAAAGCCAACGCCGACAGAUGAUGCCCAGCAAGUCAAGACGAGUUUAUUUUCAAGCCUGCCCAAGCCCAGGAAGCGUACAGAGCCAGUGAGGAUUACAGUGCCACAGAUCCAGAAACAUGAUUCAGACUCUGACGACGAUGAACCAGUAAAGAAGAAGCUCCAGUCACAGGUUGCAGGUUCCGGUCUGUCCUCCCUUCUCCCACAACCCAAAAACCUGACUUUAAAGGAGAUGGACAGACCGUUAAUUCCUCAUACACUCACCAAGCGCUCCGAGUCCAAAGCAGCCAAGCUGGGACUGUCUAAUCAGGGCCUCCUUGGCUCCAGCGCGUCACCUUCCGCCAUCAAGGCUGCGGCGAAAUCGGCAGCCCGGCAGCUAGCCAGACAAGUAGCAGCCACUGAUGACCAGGAGGAGGACAUUACACCGCAAAAUUACUUCUCAUUAGGUGAGAACCCUGAACCGCCUCCUGCGGUUGUCCUGACCUAUGAACCCGAGCCUGUCGCCCCCGCGGAGCCACUUCCACCGUUGCCUGCUGGCGAGCUGAGCCAGUCAGACGCCCCUCUUGACUUUGGGGGAGGCCAUGAGGGAGCUGGUGCAUGGGGUGGUCAGUAUUCUCCGUACCAGCAGCCUAUGGCCGGUCCAGAGGCUUUACCUGAGGGAUACAACAAUGAAGCCUAUUACCAAGAUGCAAGCUCUGGGUUGCCCGAGGCAGAAGAACCAGACAACUCCGCCAUGUUUGACGAUGAAGCGUUCAUGCGUCUGCAAGGCAAAAGGAACCGGGGCAAAGAGGAGGUCAAGUUCUUGGAGAUCAAGGGCGACGACCAGCUGAGCGGCCACCAGCAGUGGCUGACCAAGAGCAUGUCGGAGGAGAAGAAUAACCGUGGUUCUUUUAGCAAGAAAAGGGGAGGACAGCCUACGGGACAACAGAGACGCAAGCACCAAAUUACAUAUCUCAUUCACCAGGCAAAAGAACGUGAGCUGGAGCUGAAGAACAGCUGGGCAGAAAACCGAAUGACCCGCAGGCAGACUCAGGCCAAAUACGGUUUCUGAAUGCCAAACUCUUUGGACUCUAUGCGGCAUGUGGAGACCCUCCCGUCAUUUAGACUUCAGGAGUAGCGCUUCCUGCCCUUUAGGACCCAUAGAUCUGAAACUGUGAUGCACAUUCCCCUCACACUGCCAUCUUUUUGUUUUUGUGACAAACUUUGUUUUCAUUUAAGACCAUGCUCCCUUUAAGGAAUCCAGUCCUUCAGUGGUUUACAAUGAAAUCUGCUAUUGAACACAUUUGAGAAACUAUGGGUGGCUUUUAGAGUUACAAAUGUAUUCUUUUUAACAUGUAUUCUUCCCGCUGAUAUGACAAACAAGUGUUAGUCUUGUUUGGAUGCUGCCCAUGCACAGAAAUAGCAUUGAAACGAACUGGAGACUCAAGUCAACUGACACAUGACAUAUUUACAUGGAAUCCGUUGUUUUAUAUUAAAGAUGUUGGUGCACACGUCA